AUGGGUUUAGAGUGUUUACCGCGACCAAACGUUAUGGAACCAAGGGCUAAUUCUGAUAUUGAUCCAUACUUUCUCAGAUCCUCAUGGCAAACAAACACUUUUGAUGUCAAUACUAAUCAUCUGAGUGACGUUUCUUGUGAUCAUUUGGAUUCAAGAACCACCAGUAAAGGACCACGUAAGAGGAUGAUUGAGCGGUUUCAAACUGAAACUUUACCGCCAAGAACCGCUAAACCGAUCUCUGUCAUUCACAUUCCAUUCAGGAUAAGAGAUUUGAAAGAGAAACUAGAAGCUGCUGCAGAGAAAGCUUCUACUUCAUGCCCUCAUGUCUCUAAUAAUGGUAACAGUAAGUACCUUAAGAGAGAUCAGAAUGAGAAGAACAGUAGGCUGAAGCAUGGGAGCUUAACAACGUCCUCAAGUGGAAACAAAAGGGGCCAAAAGGAGAAGGCAGAAGCUAAGAGCCGUGCAGUGAAAAGCCAGAAUGGUCUCAAAGGAUCUUCCUUAAGCGCAGGGAAGAAUGUGCUUCAACAGAAUCACCAGAAGCAAAACUGCAGAGACCAUCAGCAAAGUAAGAAAGCAAGGAACAAAAUAGUUGUGGAUAGUGGAUCUACAUCGAAAAAGAUUCGUCCUCUAAGCAAGAAACCGCGAAGUUUAUCAUCUCACUCACAAGGAAACAAACAAUACGCAGACUCUGCUGCUAAGUUCGAUGUCAUAGGUGGUGAUUCAUUAAAGGCGCUUUUGGAGCAAAAGCUCAGAAAACUGACUUCGAAGAUUGAAUCUUCUAGCUCUAGCUUGAUCCAACAAGAGUCUUUAGUAGAGAGUGAAUCUGUUUCUGACUGUACUUCAUUCUAUAAAAGCCAGAAAUGUAAGUUGAUGCAAGGAGAAGAACAUGAAGUUAGCAGCAUCAGCACUCUUACAGAAGCUAAUGACACACUCUCCUGCAAUGAGAGUUUCACAGAUUUCAGACAAGACAAUGAAUAUGGCAUUAAAGAGAGUUCAUCAGAUAAAUAA